AUGGCCCUCCGCAACAUCAAGAACCUUGCUCCUCUCCUGGACCGUGUCCUCGUCCAGCGGAUAAAGCCCGAGGCUAAGACUGCCUCUGGCAUCAUCUUGCCCGAGAGCAGCGUCAAGGAGAUCAACGAGGCUAGCGUCCUCGCUGUUGGCCCCGGUGCUGUCGACAGGAAUGGCAACAAGAUCCCCGUGAGCGUUGCUCCUGGUGACAAGGUUCUCAUCCCUCAGUUCGGUGGUAGCCCCGUUAAGGUCGGCGACGAGGAGUACCACCUCUUCCGGGACUCUGAGAUCCUUGCCAAGAUCAGAGAGUAA